CCACAUCAUCCGCCUUGCUCCUUGUUUCGCCGCCGCCUCGGAAUCCCGUCGAUAGUUUUCUUCGAUACGAAGGACAUGGUUCUCUAUUUCUAGCCCCAGCCCGAUCCGAUGCCCUCGAAACUUACCCCACGCGGCUUCGAGACCCUAUGGAUGCCUUCUUCGUCUCCUGGCUCGCCCGCCUCGACGAACUCCGCUCUGACCUCCUUGCCGCUCUUAUCCACCGGCCGCACCUCAUCCUCCCAGCCGUCGAUGCUAUCCUCGACCACUACCGCGAAUACCGCGACGCCAGGGCCCGACACGCCGACGCCGACGUCCUAGACGUCAUCUCCCACUCCUGGCUCACCCCCUUCGAACGCACCUUCCUCUGGGUCGCCGGGUGGAAGCCCUCCCUCGCCUUCCGCCUCCUCUUCCACGAAGGCGGCGACGGCGGCCGCGACGGCUGCCUCCUCUGGCCGGACCAGCGGACGGCCAUGGAGGAGCUCCGCCGGCAAGUCGUGGCGGCGGAGCACCGGAUCUCGGAGGGUCUGGCCGAGGCGCAGGAGGCCAUGGCGAGCCAGGCGGUGCUCGGGGCGGUGAGGGCCGGGUCUCGAAACGUCAGCGCGCGGGCUGCGGCCGCGGACGUGGUGGCCAGGGAGUUGCGGGCGGUCGUCAGCGCGGCGGACGAGCUGAGGGACGCCACCCUGCGGCAGGUCGUGGAGAUUCUGACGCCGGCUCAGGCAGCCGAGUUCCUUGCCUUGGCCGCGGAGCUUCGCCUCCGCGUGCACCGGUGGGGCCUACGGCGCAACGGCUAGUCCACUUGAGCUGGGUACGGUCACCGCCAAUGAACUGAUCAAGCGCAAAAGGAAUCUUGAGAAGCGCUUUUACAGUCACCGCCCGUGAACCAAACGAUAAAAAAGGAAUCUUGAGAAGCUGUGAGGCAGCAAAAGAUUCCGGCAAACGAAAGCAUGGAAUAAAUGUUUUCUGGAAAUAUAAGAAGGUUCGUAUUUGUUCUCUGGUGGAAGUAAUAUGACAAGCUGAGAUCAUGUCGUCUCUCACAAGCGAAGAUGGGUGGAUCUUAUCACAUCAGGUCUGUGAAUGAUCACAUCACCUAAAAUUACAUUAUUUUUCGUUAGAUAUAAGUAGGGUUGUAUUUGAUGGUUUGAUUGUUUUGGAGGAUGAUCUUCUACCACGACAUUUCUACUUUGCAAUCAAAUCUAUUUUACUA